CUUCGUCAUUUUUGCAACGGCCUGCCUUCAUGUUGAACGUCCUUCGUCGGCGAGCGGCUCCUGCUCUCAGCCGCGCCGCCUUCUCCCGCCUUGCAUCGACUUCAUGCAAGCAUAACACCUCUCAACUGCGAGCUGUGGAACUGGCCAUGCCGCUCCCGUCUGCACAUCAACAGGCUGCAUCUACCCUACGAUGGCUGUUCGUGGUGCUUCCUGUGGGGCUAGUCACAUCCAUGGACGCGAGCUCGUCAGCCAAAUGUGCAGGGAACAAGGACGACGACGACAACCACGACACGUUCAACUUGGCCAAGAUUCAAGCAUCCGUGGAGAAAGCUCUUGAACAACUCCCGACCUCCCUGGAUCAAGUGCAGACGCACGUGAGCCUUCUGGGAGAAAACGCCGACCAAAUCUCGUGGGGGUUUGCGUUGGGUGCGUGCUCGGGGUUCACGUUGAAGAAGGUGUCCAAGGUCGGCGCGUUCUUGGUGGGGGCGGCCUUUGUCGGUAUGCAGUACGCCAGUUACAGUGGCUACGUGAACGUCAACUAUGCAAAGCUCCAGCAGGAUAUCACUGCCUUGAUGGACACGAACAAGGAUGGCAAAGUCAACUCGACGGACAUCAAAGUCGUGUACGACCAAGUACUCAACGUGCUCGAGUAUAGUCUUCCAGCUGGCAGUGGCUUUGGCGUCGGGUUUCUUGUUGGAUUUCGAGCGGCGUAGUAGUACUACUACUACUAGUAUGCAGUAUUAUUAAUACCACGUAGUACCAGUAUUAUAAUUCAUGGAUCGGAGUACAGUACUGUACUACUGUACUAUUAAUAAUAGUAUGAUAUAUUACUAUUAAUACGUGGA